AUGUCACUUUGUGCCUGUCAAGGUUUCUACUACCCGUGGACACUGAUGAUUCUCCCUCUUCUCCCCUUCAUCCUCUUUUUUUUCUUUCAAAAAACUACCUGUGACAGCCAUCAGUUCGUUCUUCAUCCUAUUUUCAUUAUGUUCGUUCCAUCUCGCUCUUUCUCUGAGAUGCAUGCGCGAACCAGACCUUCGCGGCACCCUGUUCUAAAGCUUCUUUACCGACGAUUGAAAGACUCCGAGUCCUUCUUUCUCUCCCCUAGGAACCUUCAAGAUCUCGGAAUUCGGGCUUCUCAGGUGGAUAUAACAGAUGACGGGAUUCUGCAAUUUCGACCAUGUUUUUUCCGGCCUUACCCAGAGAGAAUCCUUCAAGUAUACCCACUUGACACUUCAAAUUUGUUCAACGACCUACCAGUGCUCUACUACCAGCCCGACUUUGCUUCUAUGUUAGCAGAAGUUUGUUUGAAGUACCCAGAUGCGGAAGACCCUCUCAAAAUCGCAAGAUUUCAGUAUGAGGAACAUGCUAUGCUGAGGUCGCCGGACGAAUGGUUGACCCAUGCACGAGAAACGGAAUCCUACAUCCGUCGAAUACACGAUCUCUCACGGAAGGGACGGCCGGAAUUAUCUUCGCUUCUUGACUUAGGGACCCUUCAAUCGUCGCUAGAACCGACGAAGCACGAUCCUCCAACACAUGAGGAACGCCCCGGAGGACCUAGCUGGCAGAUGAAGCAGUUGUUAGACAAUAGUCACGAAAAUCCCCCUUUACCGCAUGCGAUUAUGGCAACCAUCGCACAUGUCCCCGCCAACUUUGAGCCCCAGAGCCUCACCCUCCAUGAAUUGAGAGCUAUCGUGAACAUGCUGAUCAUUCGCACUUCACACAGGCCGUUCAGGAACUACUCGGUUCAUCCAUUAUUGCUUCUCUCUUACAUGGGCCAGAAGCAUGGAAGAAUCAUUCAGGCUUCAUUUGAUGGGGAAAAAUUGAUUCUACAAUAUUCCCAACUGUGGUGCUUUGAGGACGAGGCUACGGCGCUAGUGGAACUAUUUGUUCGCUACAACAUCAGCCAGCUUGUCGGGCUGGAGAGACCACAACUUGAUGUUCCAUCGCUUAGAGAGUCGUUUACAUCAAUGGAUUUGACCUAG